AUGGUGUCUCCGGCGAAGUCGCAGCUAGUAUUAGAGAUCAACUUGAUCUCAGCACAAGGUUUGAAGCCAAUGUCAUCACCACGGAGAAAGUUUCAAACCUACGCUGUCACGUGGAUCGAUUCUUCCACCAAGCUCCGAACACGAGUCGACAAAAUCGGAGGCCAGAAUCCUACAUGGAACGACAAAUUCCUCUUCCGCGUUACGCCGGAGUUUCUUGCCAGCGAAACCGCCGGCGUCUGUGUAGCAAUCUACGCUGUUGGUACCUUCCGUGAUCACAUAGUCGGUACAGUCAGGUUCCUUGUCAGCAAUAUUCUCUCUUCGAACUCUAGCAACGGCGACGGCAACGGCAACGGUAACAGAAGUCCCUGCUUCAGCGCAGUUCAAAUACGUCGGCCGUCGGGGAGUUUCUACGGCGUAAUGAACAUCGGAGCAAUGGUGGUAGACGGUUCCGGUUUUCCGGCGCUGGAAAAAAUAUCGGCGAUAGGUUACCGUGAUCUAAUGGGAGAAAAGAUAACAGACCGCCGGAGAAAGUUACCGGAACCGAAACUGAAAGUGGCGGUGGCCGGAGAAGAAGUUUCGAGUGAAUCUUGUGAUAAUGACACGUGUGGUACAGAAUCAGUGGAUGAAACGGAGUCAUCAACGUCUUCAUCGUCACCCAAAACGACGGCGUUGCAGGAUUGGAAUGGAGUAAGAGAAUUGGCGGGAAACAAAGGGUUAGCGGGUGCAGGAUUCUUAUGCUGUUUGGUUGCACAGAGAAGUGUUCACUCUCUCUCUCCUACCACUACCAGGUAA